AUGGGCACCCAAGCGUUUCCGCCCUUUGAGGCCUCGGGUAUGGCUGGGGACGACGGGCCGGCAGCGAGCAUGGCCAACCUCCUCAAGUCGGCGCUGAGGGCAUACUCCACGGCGGCAGAGGGUACCCACGGCUCGUACGCUGCGGCGCUGGCCACCACAGACUCGGCCAUGUGGGAGGCUAGCUCUGCAGAACUGCCCUCGCGCGUGGGACGGCAGGCUACGUCGUCUGCCUCUGCUGCAGGCGGACGGGCAGAGGCCGGGCCAGAUGCUCUGCUGUCCCACGGCUCGCGGGGCGGCGGGCCAACCGGGCGGGCGGCGCUGGCCAAGGCGUUUGCUGCGGCAGCGGCGCGGCUAGUCGACGGACUGGCCCGUCCGGAGCGCAACGCUGUUAUCAAUGUUGUUCUCGAUGCGCUGCACUGGGAUGGCGGCCAUCGCCCGCGGGUCGGACUUGUGGCCGAUCUGCUCGAGGCUCUGGUGGGGCAAGUCUUUCUCGUCGACGACAUCCUGCCGAGUGUGCUGUACCAUUUGCGUCAUCGCGCCCAGACCGCGGCGACAGUUGAGCCGCUCGCCUGUUCCGCCGUCCUGGCCUGCGUUCGCAGCCAUGUGCACGAGGCCUCGCUCGCCACCUGCACCACCGUCCUCGACCUCCUUCUCAAGUGUCUUGAGAGCCUGCUUCCGCCGCCACCGGCCGCACUUCCGCGGCAAUUCAUGGGUGUGGUCCAGGCUGCUGCCGAUCUGCUCAACGAGCUCGUUGCGCCGCCACGCUUUCUCAUCCCGCACUACGCGGUCAUUGUCCAGCUGCGGCCGUACAUCCUUGGCAAGGCGCAGCUUCACUGGACGCUUGAGGCCUUUGCUGAACAGUUUGCGCUCCGUCGCAUUGCGCUCGAGCGGCUGAUGACGUUCCUUCCACCGACUGUGGCUUCCGGGCUUCUCGGCGUCACUCGCUAUGCCGACGACACGUCGUCGGCUUUGACCAUCGCCCGCGUCAAUCCGGCGUACCACAUUGUCUACGUCUCGCCGUCGCCGUACGUCAACCCGAUUGCGUUUGCCGGCAUGUUGUACCAGGGUGUUACCCUCAACAGGAUGCGCUCGGCACUGGGCAGCCUACCGAAGGUUGGCUACGAUGCGGGCCACAUCCGUGACCUCGUCGUCGGAGCCGUCCGCACGCGGCUGACCGAGCUCGUUGCCCGUGGACCGGCCACUGGCGCCAAGCCGCAUCCUCUCGCCAACUCGACUCUCCUUCCGAUCCCGUCCGAGUGGCUCGCGGCGCCGGCCAAGCCGGUGCUGAAGACUGCAGACCUGCCAUCGUCGUACUACGGCGAGUGGGCAGACGUCGCCGACCUCAUCUACGCCAUGCUGGAGAAGCAGCUCAUCAGGGUAGUCGACUUCUGCGCCCUGUUUGAGGAGUUUGUCACAGGCGCGGACGAGGCCUCGAUCCCGACUGAGCUCGGCCAUCUCGUCCUCCAGGUCUUGAUGGCGCCGUCGAUUGCGAACCAGGUGUCGGAAAGCGCUGUGGGCCGGCAGCUUGUGAACGCUCUCCAUCUCGCGCAAGCCAAGCAUGUCUUUGCACCGUCGCCGGCCAAGCUGACUUUGACGUACGUGGUCUUGCGUCGGUACAUCGAAUCGCACCGCGAUUCCCGGAUGUCGUCGUCAGCGCGAGACGUUGUGGCCAAGCUGGGGUCCAAGCCGGUGAACGAGUGGCGUGAUGACGACAUCUGCACGCUCGGCGUCGUCACACUCUACGCGCCGAAUGAGGUGGCGCGAUGGAUGAUCGAGCUGCUGUAUCAAGGCCACGGCUACGGCUCGAACGAUGUGAAUGAGACACCGGCACUGCCGUCGGGCACUCUCGUGCCGAACCUGGACCCGCCAGUCCCGCUCGCGGUGGUGCACAUGUUGUCAUUGCGGGCGCGGUCGGACAUGGCGCGUUUCCUGUUUUCAUACCUUGCGCCGAAAGCUGUGCGCCGCGAGGCCUUUCCGCCGGGUGCGCUGGACACACUGGCCCGGCUGCUCAACUCGGCGCCCAACGCAUGCGCGCUUCGGAGUUUGUUCAACUUUGUGCUACGGACCGCCUCUGAGCGCAAGCGACUGGCCGUCGCGCUCUCGGAACUCUUCUCGGCGCGGCUCGUCAACUGGCUGGUUGAUAAUGAGAGCGUGGGCGACAUUCUUGUCGGCCUUUCGGAUUAUCUCACCAAGACCAGCUCGCGAGCUGUCUACGCUGCGGUGCAGCACCUCAUACUUGUGCUUCUCCCUCUCCACAACAACCUGGAGAGUCCACUGGCGCAGCUGAAGACGCGGCAGACGGUGGUAGUCGACUCGGCCAGUAUGCAGGCGCUGGCCAUGUCACUGGCGGUGCGAGGCGUGGCGGUUCGUGGCAAGCUCGGCAAGCUUCCGGACGUGGUGACGGCCAUUGCCCAAGCGUCGCCGGCGACGCUCAAGUGGCCGCAGCACGUGCUCAUGGCCUUCCCGGCUCCACUUGUCGAUGCCAUCAGCACAGUCGCGGCGAGCGGCAAGGCUGCUCGUGGGCACAGAAGCGGGUCAAAGUCGAACUCUGGCAAGUUCGACUCGGGCUCGGGCCUCGCUGCCAUGGACGUGGUCGAUGUGAGCGAGGCGGCGCACGCCAGCCUCUGGGGGUCAAAGUCGUGGAAGGAUGCUGCACCAACUGCGGUGGAGGUCUCGGCGUACGAUCAGGCCCAUUCAUUGAGCGAGCAUCUCUGUGGGGCGUCGCCAGUCCUGACGGCUACUUCACCGCUGGUCAAGCGAGUGGUCGCUGCAGAGGAGGCGGCGUGGGCGGCGACGAUGUCGGGCUCGAGCGCGGGCACAGAGGCUGGCGACGCAAGCUCUGCGUCAAGCCCGCUCUACCUCCGUGACGUGCUGUCGUGGUUCUGGAUGACGGCGUUUACGGCUGCCAGCGAUGCGCUGGUCGUGAACAUGAGAGUUGUUCUCGACGCUGUCAAGCCGCACAUGGUGACGCGUGCCCUGUUUCACGCGGUGGCCUUUGCUGUCUCACACAUCUCCGACUCUUACGCUGGGGCGACGAGCAAGGCUGUCGAGCGUGGGGUGGCGCGGUUGGUCGCGAUGGCGUUUGAGUGGCAGCUUGUGGAUGCUGGCGAGCUGAUUAUGGCGCUACUGGAGGUCGAUGCCAACCCGAUUGCGCUGCAGCUUCUUCAGGGCUUCCUGACCUCGAGCGCGGUGAGUGCGCGGGCCUCGCUUUGGUUUGGCUCGUGCGACGCGCGGCUAGCCGAGGCUGAGCCACCGGGUGCGGUGUUUGGAUCUUGGAUGCUGCCUGCGCUCGCAGCAUACGAGGAGCGGUUUCCGCAGCGGGGGCGCAGCCCCGACGCGCUGCCGACCUACUACCACUCGGAAAUGUCGCGGCUCACGCCGUAUCUGCAGCUUGUGCUCUCGCGGUUCAUUGCGGCCGACGCGCCCGAGUUUGUGACAAGCGUGCUCCUUGCGCCUCCGUUGAACUUUGUGGUGGCGUCAGUGCCACGGCCGAUGCAGACGCUUCACGAUCUGUUGCACUACCACGCCGAGUCUUCUGGUCUGACGCCCGAGGUCAAGCGGGCAUUGGUCCGGACGUUUGCGUUUCCGCGCGGCAGCCGGCGCGCCCAGUCGGACUCUGAGCUUGGGCACGCCCUUGACCCCGCCUUUGUGGAGUACGUCAUCGAAGAUGGGGUCCAUACGGCAUCGAUGAUGGCGAGAAAGCUGAAGAUGGUCAAUGCUGAUGGCACGAGCUUCCUGACACGGGUGCUGGACAGCUUGACGGCACACCUGCCGGGCCAAGGUGACGGCCCGCCCGCAGCCGGGCCACACGACUUGCCGUACGCCUCGCAUCGCGAGUUUAAGGCUGCAGCACCGCGGCUAGCUAUGGCUGCGGCGAUCCAGGUGCUGGCACUGCCGCUGGCAGCGGACGACGCCGCGGCGCUACUGCUGGCAGACACCGAGGCGCGGCGCGGACUGGCCAAGGCCGGGCUCCUUGCGCGGCUUCCCUCGGCGUACCACGUUCCGGUGCUGUACGCGUGGAUUGACGCGGUGAAGGGAACGUUGCAGCAUGUACCGACAACAUUUUCGCUCUGGCGGCCGUCGGAUUGCGACUCGCUCAUUGUCUUUGCGCACGCCUUUCUUCUCGGCGUAGAUGCCAUGAUGCUCGAGUGCCUGCCCGAGUUUGUGCGGUCGAUCCGGCCGGCUGUCUCCAUCUCACAGGUCCACGUUGUUUGCCAGAUUGUGGGACCAGCGGUGUACCGGAUGACCAAGCAUGGAAACUUGACCAUCCACCUGGUGCUCGAGGUGCUCCAGGCGGUUGUCGAUGUUUUGGCGACGUUAGCGACGAGCCGGAGCUCGACGCGAUAGACCGGGCGGCACUCGAGGUCAUCAUCGACUUUGUCACCCACUCCAUCCUAGUCUUUGGCGACGUGCCCGAGUCGCAACGACAGGCCUUUGCCGUUGUGCGCGCCGAGCUCCCGCCCUGGUUGGUUAGGCGGUUCCGGGCCUUGCUUGAUCACGCCUUGAUGGCAAGGUGAGGCCCCGAAGAGCCGACCAAGCACACCGGACUGAACGAGUUGACCGUGUCCUCCGUCACCACAGACACAACUCUCGAUGUAGGACCACUCAUGUGAACUGAGAAGAAAAUGUAUGGAGAUGAGCUAGCGUUCCUGUGCUCUGUAAGCGAGCAAGUUCGUUCACUCUACAGAUCAAGCACAGCCUCAAUCUGUGCGGUGAGGGCGUCGCCCACUCGCGCAUCAAGCUCGGGCGCAUGAGCCACAGCGUCGAGGAUGUCGCGGGCGAGCGCGGGCGCGGUGUCUAGGCCGAGGGCGGCGGCGUCAGCGGCAACCUGGACUGCGGUGGCAAGGCUCUUGGGGAGCGAGACCGAGGCAGGAGCGGCCGGGGCAGCAUCGGCAUCGGCAUCGGCGUCAGCAUCGGGGAGGGAGGCGGCGAUGGAGGCGGCGUCGUCGGCCCAGGUCGGAGCGGCGGCGGCAGCGGCGACGACGGCAGUUGCGGUGUCGUUGUCGAGAGCCUGCGGGUGAUCCAGGGCCAUAAACGGAUAAAUGCGCGAGA